AUGCCAGGAAGGAAAAAGGAGGGGACAGAGCCCAUGAGAAAUGCCCAUGGGAAGCCGCUUCUGACCCUCUGGAGGAAGGGGAAACAGAGAAGUAAAAGGACACUGCUCUAUCAGGGCCACCCUACACCCAUUCUGGGGAGAAGAGGGGGACCAUGGAGUCAGACCUUUUGCUUUACUGCAGGUCAGCUGUUGUGUGAGAUGCUGCCAAGUGCUGCUGUCUAUUACUUCCCGUGGGAGAUCAACAGCUCGGUCCCCGAGGGGAAGACACUGAGGACAUUUGGCAGGUUAUGCUGCUAUGACCUGGCCCGAUCUGAAGCCAUUCUCACCACGCAGCACAACUCGGCUCAGUACCAGGUCUAUGUUGACACCAAGUUUGUGGAGCCAUUCCAAGCCCAAGUGGGAUCUUCCUACAUGGUCCUGGGAGAGGCUGAACACAGGGAAGAAACUUCCAGUCCUGUGGUAAAAGCACGAAUAUUGACCUGUGUGGAGGGGAUGAAUGUGGCCCUGCUGGAACAAGCCAUACAGGAGCAGAGGAAAUACUUCAAUGAGAGGCAGGAGCAGAGGGAAAGCAGCACAUCCUGACAGCAGCUCUGAGACCAGCCACACGCUGGUCCUUGCACUACCAUUUGCAGCAAAUAUGUUCAAAGUAAAUUAGGGUAAUUUAGUAAAUUUGCUGUGGCAAACAGCAAAGUCACUGAGCAGGGAAACACUUUGAAGACUGACUCAAUGUGUGUGACUGUGGGCUCUCCAUUCCUGCCCCAGGUGUCAUGACUGAAAAUAGCUCUGGGAAGCAGGUUUGUUGUUUGCUUGAAAGGGUGGCUAAGGAAAGGGAACACUUGGGUUAGACUGGUUCUUCCUAUUGUGCAUUGUGAAAGAAGUCAGAAGAAGUCUCUGAAUGUGGAGUUAAGCAGCUCACCUUUGGCAGAUGGGGGAAAAGGGUAUUAGCACAAAGUUCAUUAGCUCUGCCUGGCUGUGGGCCCAUGAGUGCCUGUAUUGGGGAACCCUGACUCAGCUGCCACAAGGAACAUUCCUGGCAAAACACUCACCUAUCUGGACUGACCAAAGAAACAAGAAGAACAAAGAGUCACUAUUUUCAGUAGCACCUGCCUCUUCAGGUGGGAAGAACUGGUAUCUAAGGGGAGGAUUAAUUCUAACUCUAAAAUAAAUAUUUGCAGUACCCUGAGUACUUGACUUUCUUCCUUGACAUAGCUAAGUUUAAGAGAGCUGAAAUCACUAUUUUUGAAGUAUCAAAAGAUUUUGUAUGAAAUUUUCCUAAAUAAAGAUGA